AUGCCGCAAAGCGUGGAGGCAUUACCAGGCAAUCCCGAGGCGAUUCUUCCUGAGGUUGAGUUGGGCAUUCAGGACCGCAUUCCGUCUGAAGUUUCAGAAUCUCCAGACAAACAUGCAGACGCAGACAAAGCUGGUCAGCUGGAUGCCAUCUCCCAAGAGUUCGAUCCUCUGAUCCCAGCGGAGUCCCAGUUCGAGGUUCGCGUCAACGACCACCAUGGCCGGUACAUGGUUAGCCGUGUGCCGCUGGCCUUGGGAAGUUGGUUUCUCGUGGAGACUCCUCUGGUUUGUUGGCCCCUGUCCAGACAGGAGGGCAGCUUCCGGCUUCAACGCCGCCCUUUGCGAUUUCCGAGCCAAGCCAUGGGAAAUCAGGGCUUCUGCAGCCCUGACCCUCAGGGAGGCGAUGCACCGGUGAAGCCCGUGCAUCCAUGCUACUUCCCCAUGUAUGUGGUGAAGGUCACGGAUUUCCUGCAGAUGGACGGGCCUCCAGAGGCUCACCACGCGCUGCUGAGAAAGGGUCUUCUCCGUCAGUGGCAGCCUGGUCUUUUCGUCAUCUUCGUGUCGCACCAAUGGCUUGGGAGGUCGCAUCCUGACCCGGAUGGCCAGCACGCCAGCAUCCUGCGCCGAUCGCUCGAGGGCAUGAUCGAGGGCACCCUGCAGGCAGAAUUCGAGAUCGAGGAUGAGGCCCCCAGCCGCCGUCGUCUACUCGAGCCGUCGAAGAUUAGCCAAGGCUUCCUUUUCUUGGAUUGGUUUGCAAUCCCGCAGAUCACUGCCAGGGCAGUGGGCGUCAACGAGCAGGCCACGAAGACAGAUGCCGCACGAGCUGUUCAAAGCAUCCCGUUCUACGUUGAGGUUUCCGACGUUCUUCUGGCCCUCGUCCCGGAGUUGGUGCACACCGAAACCGGGCAGUAUUGCAACUACACCUCCUGGUUUUCCAGGGGCUGGUGUCGGGCAGAACUCUGGUGUCACGUCUUGAGCAACAAGCGCGACAAGAGCGUGGUGGUCGUGCAUUCAACUCUAGAAGCAAAAUUCAUGCAGUCGUGGGAUUGGCAGAAUAAUAUAGUUGUCGACGGGGAGUUCACUGUCGAAAAGGAUCGUGCUGUUGUCGGAAGCCUGGGAAGACGAGCGAUUGAGAGCAAGAUUGCUCACCUCUCAGAGGAAGGGCCAUUGGAGGCAUAUCGGUAUUUCCUGGCGCGGCAGGCCGCCAUGUUGGGCCAGCCAUCGAAGACCUGGGAUAUGAACGGUUUCCUGGAGAGGUUUAAGUUUCCAAGUAUGGAAGUGGCUGUGAAAGACACCAGCAGCAUGAAUGCCGUGAUGUGCGCAGUCAUGUCUGGAGAUGUGAUGAUGCUGCGGCUCUUGGCGACAUACGCAGCCGACUUGAAUUUCACCAUUUAUGGCCUAAACAGCCUUGGCUUCCGCGACAGCUUCACGGUCCUCAUGGCAGCAGUGAAGUCCAAUCAGCCAGCUUCACUGAUUGCCAGCUUGAUCCACCUACGAGCCGAUGUCUCCCGCAGAGCAGACAUCGGGGAUAAUGUGGUGUGCCACGUGAAGCGCCCGGAGCAUGUGCAAGUCUUGCUGCAAGCGCGCGCGGACUUCCACACCGCGCACGAGCCCUUCUGCUUCACCCCACUAACACAAGCCUCCGGGAUGACCAGUGCCCCCACUUUGAAAGCGCUGCUGAUGGCCAGAUGCGAUCCGAACCCCAGCCAAAGCGGCCUGGGGAUAACGCCCCUCAUUGGCUCGAUCCGAUUUGCACGGGGGAGCCCUCAUGCGCUUGAGUCGGUGUCAUUGCUCUUGGAUUACCGGGCAGACAUCAACGCGCGAGCUGCACCUCGUGGUGCCUUCGCCUGGGUGGCUCUCCAAGCCCGCGCGAGGUCGCUUUGCAUCUGA